AUGUCCAAAACCCGAGGAAUUAACGAUUUUGAUCGCUCAAAGUUCAACUCUCCCUCGAGCGAUGACUGCCAGUGUCCGGACACUCCGACCUCCUCGAAACGCCUCGAGAGACCCCCCCACCGGAUAAACACGAGAGAAUGCAGAAGUAAAAGAAAUGUUGAUCCUAAGAAAGUGAACAGAAGUCCCUCGAGUGGCUAUGAAAAACCGGGGAUUGAAAGGAGGUACACAAGGAGAGAAACUGCAGCAUCUCCAGUUGUUAAAGUCACGAGUGUAGAAGUAAUAAAAAGUUGGUCGAGAGACUGUCGUCUAUGGGGGAAAGAUAAAGAGAAAUUGGUGAGAGAUUCCUCAUCAAACAGAUCGUCCUCCUCCGGCAGUCCGAGCCCUCGAAAUCCCCUCCAAAGAACCAAAAUCCAGAAUCCCCCCCCAAGAUCCAAAUCCCAGAAUGAAAAACUUAAAAAAUCCGACGCUGACUCCUGCAGCUGCUGUGACUGUAUCGAUUACCUGAGAGCUGAAAGAUUAAAACUCCUCCGAGAUUCAAAGAGGCACUCCAAAUCCCGAGGCACUUUCACCCCUCACCCCGGCACGUGCCGUCCCCAAGGCUCCCCAACUCAAAAGUUGUGCAGUAUGCUAAAGACUCGAGAAGCGAAACGUAUCAGCGGCUGCACCUGCAUAAACGACGAUUGGAAUCCCAGUUGCUCCAUUGACUGCAGAUGUCCCGAGAGUCCGAUUGACAUAUCCGGUAGAACAUAUUCAAAGGCAUCGAAAAAAUCCACAUUGACGAAUGACAACGCAAAAGGUCCUGACGAGGACCAUCAGGCCGAAAGCUCCUGCUCCUGCUCAUCUCCAGAUCAAUCCCCCUCUCCCAAACUGAACCUCCGGGAUCUCCGGCCGACGGUGGCAGCCCCCGGCGACUGGAGGAAAUACGGCGAACACUUGAAAAAAUUCAGCGAUGAGUACAGACUCCUAUCAUCCCAUCUGAAAUCAAUCCGUCGGGAGCUUGAGGCAGCGAAAAAACCCGGAGAGACCUUUCGCAAAAGGAUAACCCGACGCUAUCCGAACAAGGAGUUCUCCUUUGAAGUUCGAUCCACGGGGGACAACUCGCACAGAAAGAACACGUCGACCUGUUUGGAACCGGAGAGGAUCGAUCGUUCGUGCCAAUGUCCGAAUCCUCAGGACCUUCCGAAAGCAAUCACAGCAAUGCAACCAAAAUUUCGGAGACCAGAUCUUUCGGAUCCUCUUUGCAGCUGUCAGAAGGCAGCAAUGCGACCAAAAUUCUUGGAUUCACCUGAGGGAUCGAAUCAUAAAAAUCACCGGAGACAAGAGGGUGGGAAAAGCAAGGUCUUCGCCUGCAAGACAUCCCGCUGUGAUUGUAAACCAGAAGCGAAAGCCAAAGCGAAAUCCGUAGCUGAAGAUUUGGAUAAAAUCGGAGAUGAUAAUGACAAAUUUGACCAGAAAAAAUUGAGAAGGAGCAGACAGAAGAGACGAAUCAGGCGGCACGACUUCUCCCUCCCGAGGAUUGUGCCGGUGAAUAGGGACGGCAGGAGUCGGGAUGAGAACAGAAUGAUGAUCUAUCCUCCGAAGGACCAGGUGGGCUGUCCUCUGACCCUCUACAAGAGCGGAUCCUUCGUCAACUGCUCUGUCGAGCAAGUUGACGACGUUGGGUUCAAGUACGAUGUCUCUUAUAUUCAGAGAUACGUCAGUCGACCUUGGCAGCCCGGAGAAUAUUCCGAACCGGACGUCAAGUCGGACUACCUCAGCACCGACGAUUACGGCUGA